AUGGCUUCCCAGAGCCGCACCCUGCCCGUGCUCGUGGCCGCUGCCUGCUGCGCCGCCGUGCUGCGCAGCUUCUGGGCAGCGAGCCCGCCGACUUUCGUGGCGCCACAGCAGAGCGUCCACAUGGGCUGCCAGGCGCUGUCGGGCGGUGCUCUCGCCGCAGGACAAGUCCCGGCCAUCGUGAGCACCGUGCCAGCACGCCCAGGAGUCCCGGCACACUUCAAGGUGACUUUGGAGACGCCGGAUGGCACCUCGACCAUCGAGUGUCCGGAAGACGUGUACAUCCUGGAUCAGGCUGAGGAGGACGGAAUCGAGCUGCCUUACUCCUGCCGCGCUGGCUCUUGCUCCAGCUGCGCCGGCAAGGUCCUGUCGGGUGAAAUCGACCAGAGUGACCAGGCCUUCCUGGACGAUGACCAGAUGAGCGACGGCUUUUGCCUGACGUGCGUCACUUACGCGACUUCAGAUGUCACCAUCAAGACCCAUUGUGAGGAUGCUGAGGAGGACGGAAUCGAGCUGCCUUACUCCUGCCGCGCUGGCUCUUGCUCCAGCUGCGCCGGCAAGGUCCUGUCGGGUGAAAUCGACCAGAGUGACCAGGCCUUCCUGGACGAUGACCAGAUGAGCGACGGCUUUUGCCUGACGUGCGUCACUUACGCGACUUCAGAUGUUACCAUCAAGACCCAUUGUGAGGAUAGCCGCACCCUGCCCGUGCUCGUGGCCGCUGCCUGCUGCGCCGCCGUGCUGCGCAGCUUCUGGGCAGCGAGCUCGCCGACUUUCGUGGCGCCGCAGCAGAGCGUCCACAUGGGCUGCCAGGCGCUGUCGGGCGGUGCUCUCGCCGCAGGACAAGUCCCGGCCAUCGUGAGCACCGUGCCAGCACGCCCAGGAGUCCCGGCACACUUCAAGGUGACUUUGGAGACGCCGGAUGGCACCUCGACCAUCGAGUGUCCGGAAGACGUGACUUUGGAGACGCCGGAUGGCACCUCGACCAUCGAGUGUCCGGAAGACGUGUACAUCCUGGAUCAGGCUGAGGAGGACGGAAUCGAGCUGCCGUACUCCUGCCGCGCUGGCUCUUGCUCCAGCUGCGCCGGCAAGGUCCUGUCGGGCGACAUCGACCAGAGUGACCAGGCCUUCCUGGACGACGACCAGAUGAGCGACGGCUUUUGCCUGACGUGCGUCACUUACGCGACUUCAGAUGUCACAAUCAAGACCCACUGUGAGGAUGAGCUGUAG